AUGGCAGAUAUAUCUAAAGAAGACUUGGAAAAAGAAAUCGCAAAAAUUCUUCAGAAUGCGAACUUGGCGCAAACAUCAACUAAGAAAGUAAUACAAAAGUUGGAGGAGGUAUUUGACACCGAUCUUAGCUCUCAGAAGAAAGUGAUCGACCAGCUUGUCAUGGACUACGUGAACAGCAAAGACUCUGAACAGGAAAGCGGCGAAGAAGGCUCUGAUAGUGAAGGAGAAAAGAAGGCAAAGCCUAAAGCCAAGAAACGUAAAGAGACUUCAGAAGAAGAGGAGAGUGACUCGGAAGAGGAGAAGAAACCGGCUAAGAAAGGCAGAAAGGCUAAGGCGGCUGCUCCCAAAAAGAAGCCAAAACAGGAGAGUUCUGAUGAGCUUGACUCUGCUGAUGAAUCAGAGGAGGAGAAAAAGAAACCAGCCAAGAAGGGAAGGAAGCGGAAGGGAUCUGACGACUCCGACGGUAAUUGGGGAAAGAAAAAAGCUGCCAAACCAAAGAAGGGCGGUGGUCGCGGCAAAGGAGGUGGCUAUACGCGCGCCUACAGGCUGUCACCAGCCUUAGCCGAUCUGAUGGGCCAAGACGAGAUGCCCCGUCACGAGGUGGUGAAGCGGGUCUGGACCAUCAUCAAGGAGAAGAACCUCUACGACCCCAACAAUAAGCAGUUCGCGAUCUGCGACGACGCCCUCUACAAGGUCAUCGGGACCAAACGCUUCCGCACCUUCGGCAUGAUGAAGUAUCUCAAGACCCACUUCCUGGAUUAG